GAGUUAUUUCCCUUGGGCGCGUUUUUAUUUAUUCAAUUAGUAUUGACAAAUCAUGAACGACAUUGAAAUAAUUGAGUUCUGCCCGCCACAUUCUAAUCGGAAAAACUUGUUUGUAUCUAAUAUACCGCUGUCAUUACCACCAGCUGAUAUCUACGAUAUUCUUUAUGAGAAAUUCUCUGCAUUUGGUCUUCUCUAUGAAAUUCAGCUAUUCUCCAAUACAAAUCAGCAACCAGUACAGUAUGAACACGUGUCACAUGCUGGGAAGAAUGACUCUGUUUCUAAUAAUAAUAAUGCCUAUGCCUUUGUGAAGUAUUAUUCUAUCAAAGCAAGUCAAAGUGCUCGGAGAAAUCUAAACUGUAACUUAUAUAUUGGUGGACAACAAUGCAAGAUUGUAACUGCCAAGAGAAAAAAUAUAUUUACCUUAGAGCACCUUUCUUUGAAUAGAUGCUAUGAUAUGGCAAAUUUCUACUUUGGUUUUAAUGGCUGGACAACAAAUAUUAAACUGUUAAAACAGGAUACAUAUGAAAUGGAUACCAAUUCAACAAUAUGUAAGGUUUGUUUCUAUUCCCUUUCCACUGUAUCAUUACCAUUCCAUAGAAUCACAUCAGAGGGAUUUGGAGCAUGGGAAGAAACUUGGAACCAAAAUGAUCCUUUACAAAAACUCACAGUAUAUCACAAAGCACGGAAAAUCUGUUAUCAACGAUCUCUUGUAAAUGCUUUCUCGAAAAUUCUUGUGUUAGUGCUGCCAAAUGGAAAGAUUUGUGCUGAAUUAAACACUUCUAAACCUGAUAUCUACUGUGCAGAGACAUUUGAAACAAAUUUACUUCAGAUUAAUGAGCUUGACCAAGAACCUGAGGUUGAGGCUGAUGGUAAUGAGGAAAACACAAUACAUGAAGGGACAUUAAAUCUUGAUGCCCUUAACAUCCAGUUGCUACAAGAACUAGAAGAUUUUUAGCUUUGAAAACCAUAUAUUUUAUUUAAGAGUCUUCGAUUCAUAUGAACAUUGAAGUUGGAAUGGCUUGAAAGAAUUUCAUAAAUAUAAUUUUCUGAUGAAAACAAUUGACUGAAAUGAAGGAUGUUUGAAUGGUACUUAAAUUAGAGAAAAUAUGUAAAAAAUGAAACAAUUCUUUAACAUAAAGUAAGCUUUAUAUAAAUGGAUUAGUUUUGUUGGAGUGGAGUAAAUAAACACUUGUUUUAAUGAAAGGAUUUUGCUUCCAUAAAUUUAAUAAAAUUCUUUAUUUAUAAGAGUCAUUUUGUGUAAAUAAAUUUCAAAAAUGAACCUUUUGGGUUUAUCACUGCUUAGUAGUAUCAUUUGACACAAACUAAAUAUAUAAUUGUUUCAAAUGAUCUAGGACCAAAACUUAGAUUCCUUUAAAUUCUCUCCCACCAAUUUUAUUUGUUUUCUAAAUAUUUUAAGUAUUUACUUUUCCUUGCAGACAAGAGCUAAAGUAUUUAUCAAUGUAUGAAAUUUCUCAAAAGUGUUUAUUUACAUCACUCC